ACGCGUGUGUGUGUGUGUGAACUGAGCGGAGGUGAAGAAGAGGAGGAUGAAGCUGGGAGCGGAGGAUGAGAGGAAGAGUGGAGUAAGAGACAGGCUAGCGAUCAAGGGCUGUGUAUGCAUGCCUGCAAGUGUGAAUGCGUGAGUGAGUGAGUGUGGAAGAGGGAGGUCGUUAUCGGACUGAAACAAAGACGCAUUUUGGAACCCCGAAACAUUGUAACGGAAACUUUAAACUUUUACCCGCCAGAGCUUGGCUACUGUGCCGGGUCCCGGCUUUGUUUCGCGGCGGGGGAGGUCUCCAAUAAAUGCAGGGAUAAAAUAGCUCCAGAUCGACAUUUUUAACGCAAGAGGGGAAUCCCUUGGACAGUGUUUGUUGGGGGUAACGAGAGAAUGGCGGCCAACAUGUACCGAGUGGGAGAUUACGUGUACUUUGAGAACUCCUCCAGCAACCCCUACCUAAUCCGCAGAAUAGAAGAGCUCAACAAGAUCAUGGUUAAUCCAAUGACGGCCAAUGGGAACGUAGAAGCCAAGGUGGUGUGUCUGUUCCGGAGGCGGGACAUCUCGGGCAACCUCAACACUCUGGCCGACAGCAACGCAAGAGACUUUGAGGAGGAGUCCAAGCAGCCCACCGUGUCUGAACAGCAGAAACACCAGCUGAAACACAGAGAACUUUUCCUCUCUCGGCAGUUUGAGUCUCUACCUGCAACUCACAUACGAGGGAAAUGUAACGUCACACUCCUCAACGAAACGGACGUCCUCGCCGGCUACCUGGAGAAAGAGGAGUGUUUCUUUUACUCACUGGUGUUUGACCCGGUCCAGAAGACCCUCCUGGCGGACCAGGGAGAGAUCCGCGUAGGCUCCAAGUACCAGGCCGAGAUCCCUGACAAGCUAGCCGAAGGUGAAUCAGACACUCGUAUCCAGGAAAAGCUAGAGACCAAGGUGUGGGACCCUGACAACCAGCUCAAAGACCCCCAGAUCGACCAGUUCCUGGUGGUGGCUCGUGCUGUGGGGACGUUUGCCCGGGCCCUGGAUUGCAGCAGCUCCAUCCGUCAACCCAGCCUGCAUAUGAGUGCUGCAGCAGCCUCUAGAGACAUCACACUGUUUCAUGCGAUGGACACCCUGCAGAAGAACGGCUACGACCUGGCGAAGGCCAUGUCCACGCUGGUGCCGCAGGGCGGGCCGGUCCUCUGCCGUGACGAGAUGGAGGAGUGGAGUGCCUCAGAGGCCAUGCUGUUUGAGGAGGCCCUGGAGAAGUACGGCAAGGACUUCAACGACAUCCGCCAGGACUUUUUGCCGUGGAAGUCACUAGCCAGUGUGGUCCAAUUCUACUAUAUGUGGAAGACUACUGACCGCUACAUCCAACAGAAACGACUAAAGGCAGCAGAAGCAGACAGCAAGCUGAAGCAGGUGUACAUCCCCACCUACACCAAACCCAACCCUAACCAGAUCAUGGCUCCUGGUAACAAGCCCGGCAUGAACGGGGCCGCUGGCUUCCAGAAAGGACUGAGCUGCGAGAGCUGCCAUACCGCCCAGUCAGCACAGUGGUACGCAUGGGGUCCUCCCAACAUGCAGUGCAGACUGUGUGCCUCCUGCUGGAUCUACUGGAAGAAGUACGGAGGCCUGAAGACCCCCACACAGCUAGAGGGCACCGCAAGAUCUGUCUCAGAGUCCACUCCGCGCGGUCACAUGACCCGCCAGGAGGUGCAAGGCCUGUCCCCGUUCACGACGAGCGGGGGGCGUGCCAAGCUGCUGGCCAAGAACCGCCAGACGUUCAUCCUGCAGACCACCAAGCUGACGCGUAUUGCCCGCCGCGUCUGCACUGACAUCCUGCAGCCCCGCCGCGCGGCACGCCGCCCCUACGCCUCCAUCAACGCAAACGCCGUCAAGGCUGAGUGUAUGAUAAGGCUUCCUAAAGCAACUAAGGCCCCUAUAAAGAACCGUUCGAUCCCUCGACCACUGCUGGCCACCAUAGUGAAGGAACUGGCCAUCCAGGCUCCACUCAAGCUGAAGGCCCCCAGAGGCGCUCCCACACCCAUCAACCGUAACCAGGCCAACCAGCCCCGCGGGGGAUCAGGCCUGCUCGGGAAGAGGCCCUUUGACAGCAGCGUGAGUACUCUUCAGUCCACACUCACACACACACACACACACACACAAAAACACACCACGACCACACCACAACCACCAUUUUGACUUCCCCUAUCUCUCUGUCUGUCAAACUAUAUAUGUGACACUGACAGGUUCUUGUUUGGUAUAGACAGCCUGUUAUCUUUCCUCUGUGACUGUAACCUUGGGUGGUGUCUCCUGUCCCUGUCUACUCAGACUGUGGAGAGGGACAGACUGGCACACUGGUUCUUCUGUAACAGUGGGAGAUUCACUGACUAGAGCCCGACCGAUAAAUCGGUUGACCAAUAUCGUCGGCCGAAAUUAGCCUUUCACUGAAAUAUUUGUAUCGUUUUUUUAAAGCGCGGAUAUUACAUACAUAGAAUAAACAAAUACGUCUGCUCAUUUGCGUUUUUUAAAUAUUUUGCCUGAAGAGGGCGCUCUACCAGCUGCUCAUUGAACAUCAUUCAGCCCUAGGUCACAAUGUGAGAGUAGGCAUGGUGGUUUGACGGUGAGUAGCUUGUUACAGGCAGCGUAUUUGAAUAAGUAAAUAAUCAAAAGUACACUUCACCAUGCAAGCAGCCCAGUCCUCAUCACAUUCUCACUUAGUUAACGUAGUUAGCUUAGCUAUCUAGCCAGCAAGGUAAUUAGCUUAGCUAGCUAGCAAUCUGUUCUACUUAUGUGCUGACACUGGACUGGUGCCAAAGUGAACACUUGUCCUUGAUACAAAAAGAACACUGUUACUGUCUGGGCCUAUUAUGUUAGCUAGUGGGUUUAUUUAGUUUGUUUUCCGAAAUAUGCAAUCUGAAAAAAGUGAGACAUUUGCCACAGAUCAAUCAUUCAGGCCAUGUGUUUGCGUUCAUUAUGAGAUGAGUAACUAAUGUUAGUUAGCUAGCUAAAUUAGAAUGUGUGACUAAAACCAGUGCGGCAAACAUUUGCCUGCAGUGCCUUGUGGCUCAGUUGGUAGACCAUGACGCUUGCAACGCCAGGGUUGUGGGUUCUAUUCCCACAGG